UUAAUCUCAGCACUAAAUGACCAGACUCCAAAGCAUGUUGAAGAAACUCAUGAAGAAGAAACAAAGGAAGAGCACAAGUUACAGGCUGACGGAAUCCUUCCUACCGAAACUAUUCCAAGAGAAUCAUCUGAUGACGCUCUAGUUUCCAUGUUGGCUUCUAAGGAAGACGGUCAAGUGACUCCGCAAGAAGAUACUUGUGCAGAUGACGAUAGAGAAACAAAGGACACACAAGAUGAACGACCUGUUUCUGUGGAAAUAGAAGAGAGUGUAGGA